AGUGAUGUAGGCGCCUAUCCUGGACGAAGCAGCAAACGUCACAGACGCGUCUUCUGAAGACGGGUGUCAGUUUACAAGCAACUUGAAUGUGGCUUCUCGCCGUGGAAGGUGCGAUCUGUACUUGUCUUCGCGAUUCCACUCCCAUCGAGCUCGCGUCACACUGUCAGGUUUCUCUGGGAGCGCCUUGGCCAUCGUCGUCCGCGUUACUUCCGUCACACAUCUCGUCGGGACACUAUCCAGCACCUGGACCAGAGCCAAUGGGAAUGGCGCUUAUUUCACUCGCUCUGCUCACCUGGCUCCCUUUGGUUCCCUUGGUCCUGGGCCAGUACACAGCCUACAACUACGGAUUCGAUGUCGGCGCCCGAGUCAAACGCGAUGUUACCCAGCCUCUGGUGGUGAGGGGAGGCGGCGAGGGAGAUCUUCGAUUCAGACAGGAGGUGCGAGAAAUGGAGCAGGACCAAGACUUGUGGACGCUCUAUAUCCUGGGCCUCAGCCUGCUGCAGUUUACCGACCAGUCCUCACCCACUUCGUGGUACGGCAUAACAGGAAUUCACGGAAUACCACACAAGACCUGGGGCGGUGUGGGACCUACUCCCGGGAACGAGGCUUCGGGUUAUUGCACCCAUUCGUCUAUCCUGUUCCCGACAUGGCAUCGGCCUUAUCUCGUUCUCUAUGAGCAAGUCAUGUACAGUCUAAUACAAUCGCUUGCGACGUGGUGGCCGGAAGGGGAGGCCAGGAACAGGUACCAACAAGCUUCCCUCAGGUUCCGGAUUCCGUACUGGGACUGGGCGGCCAACCCAUCGUCUGGACAGAGCGUGCUCCCUCAGAGCGUCGGGGGAAGCCCAUAUGUUGACGUCAACGGCCCGAGCGGGAUCCAGCGAAUCGCAAACCCCUUGUUCAGUUAUUCAUUCAAGCCGCUGAACUCAACUGCAUUCAUACAGGACCCAUGGGACUACUGGACUGUAACUCUGAGGAGUCCAACCGAUAACAGCACGGAGGCACAGUCCAAUAACUCAUUGGUGGCACUUAAUUUCGACCAGAACGUGGCUUCACUCAGCCAACGCCUCUACAUCUUAUUCUCAAACUAUGCCAACUAUAGCCUGAUAAGUAACAACGCCUGGAUACCGCUGACAAGCAACGCAUCUUACGACUCUAUCGAGUCUCUGCACGAUACAGUGCAUAAUCUUGCGGGAGGUGGUGGGCUCGGGCAACCCAAUGUCCAGGGCGGGCAUAUGUCAUAUAUCCCAUACUCCGCCUUUGACCCCAUCUUCUUCUUGCAUCACACUAUGGUCGACCGCAUCUUCUCCAUAUGGCAGGCUUUGUAUCCCGGAACCUGGGUCGUUCCAACAGCGGCGGCUUUACCGUCGUAUACGACAUCGAAAGGGCAAGUUCAAGACUCGAGGACGGCUUUGACCCCAUUCUACGCCAGUACUGACGGCACUUUCUGGACAUCGGAUACGGUCCGUGACCAUACUCAGUUUGGAUACACGUAUGCAGAACUGGCCGGGAGCUCGACAUCGGGGCCAAACACAAGCAGAAAUACUCGGUCUCAGAUCAGAAAAGCGAUCAAUCGACUCUAUGGAACAUCGAGCCCAGCUAAUCUGUUCAUCAAAGAAAUGAGGGCCAGGGGCAGACAACGUGAGCGCCGUCAACAUGUAACAAAGCAAGGCGAAUUAGACGAGGGACAGGUCACAUCCAAGAAAAGACACAAAUACCGCGAGUGGAUUGCCAACAUCCGUGUCAAGAAACAAUCUUCCGCGGGCCCCUUUUCCGUCCACUUCUUUCUUGGGAGCGUGCCAGAUGACCCUCAAGAAUGGGCAAUGGCACCAAGCCACAUCGGAACAAUGGGGGUAUUUGCGGCAGACCAAACCAAUGGCAUGCCAUUGGGCCAGCUCGAGGUAUCAGGGACGGUCCCUCUGACUACAUGCUUGGUCGACAAAGUGGUCCGCGGCGAGCUCUCGAGCCUCGAGCCUUAUGAUGUGGAGCCAUAUCUUACCCUUAACCUCCAGAGGCGCCUUCUUUCCAUCAGCGGCAAGAUCUUAGACGUCUCCGAGGUUGGGGGACUGCACAUUCAUAUCAUCAGUGCUGUCGUUCGAGCGCCAUCCUCGGAAGAUGAACUCCCACUUUGGGGACAAGCAGUGGAACAUUUCGACUUGGACUAAUAUUUCUGCUUUGCUUGCUUGGUUUGCUGAUCUUGCAUUAAAUGUCGCCAGUUUUUUUGACCUGAUGCGGGCGGCGUUGGUAGCUGCUGGCUCUCAAGAGCCCUGGCCAGUUGUUGAAUUUUGGGUGGUUCGCCUUGCUUGCCCAUGACUCUACCACUCACUGCGUUUCGCGCUAUUUUAUCGGGUUUCCACGCUUUUUCUUUCUUCUUUUUCUGUGUGUUCUUGAAGAUGGCAUGCUCAUAGGCCUUUUUGCGGAGAACUGGCAGUGGAUAAUUGUAAUGUAUGUAGUAUACGUGGUUUAAUUCGCUUCAUUUGC